ACGAUCUCCGUACGGGGCGGUGCCGUUGCGGGCCGAUAUCGAUAAGUCAUGGCUCGCCAACCUCAUCAGUCAACUCUUGCAUCUAGACCUUGUGGUCGGCUCUUCCAACACAGUAGCCAUGAAUGAUCCAUAGCGCGAGGAAAUGUCCCAGCUCAUCAGCUCAGCCGUGCCCGGCAAGCAGGUUGCACCUAAGGCGCCUGCACGUCGGAGACCAGCUGCUCCGCCAAAACCAACUGCAGCACAAGCAACCGUGCCUGCUGAGACCGAGGCACCUGCAGCCUCGACCGUAAGCACAUCUACGGCGCCGGUCCCAAGUGAGCCUGUAGCAAAUGAACGCAACAUAGCGGAUCGGGUAAAUGGUGCUGUCGACCUCGGACCUGAUGUCCAGCCCCCGCCUGCGGAACCCAGUUUAAGUCGCGUUAAGGCCACCCAAGAGCCACUAGAAGCUCCUGCGACGGGUGCGACUGUUGGUGGUUUGCCAGAGCUUCUUGUAACGGCACAAGAGUCCGACGGUCUAUCUGGACUCCCAGUGACAGUGCCGAGUUCUGAUGGCACCCUUGAGCGUUUCGUUGACGCUCAGUCAGUCGGAGUUUCCGACCCACUGAUUGCGGCGCCUUCGAACACAAUUACUACUGAGAUCACGAAGCCUCAUUCCAGGAAACGCAAGCAUGAGUCAGUUCAGUCUGAUGCCAACGCCACCACAUCGGAGCCAGCUCCAUCUAAACGGCCGAAGAGGAGCUUGGCGAGAAGCAACGCACUCGUGCAGGCCGAAGUCAAUGAAGACGCAACACCUGCUGAAGCACCACAGCCUUCAGCCGACGGCCCAACCAGACCAGAAGUGCUUUCUGCCGCGAACGCCCCUUCGGUCACAGCCGCGAGGCCUCGAUAUACGAGGCGUAAGCCUGCUCAGGCAAAGGCAGCAUCGGACCAGACUGAGGACCCGCUGCUCAAUCCGCAGGAGGAGAGUUCCUCGGGUGUCGCGCCAGAUCUGGUGAAACAGACGCGAAGAAGCCGAGUCGCAGCGUCGCGGCAAGUAAAGCAAACCAAGCCGGCAUCACAGCCAAAGGGAAGGGGCAAACGGAAGCUUAGCGAGGCGCUUGUCUCUGAGGCUGAUCGUGAGACCCCGGAACUUCCUCGAUCUGCUACGGACGAGUCAAAUGCCACACCAAAUCCUGCUGUAUCAACUGCGAAGCCACUCAAAAGGCGACGGAAACCAGCUACGCAGCCAUCCGAAGACCAGCACAAGGAUGCUAGAAUGGGUGCAGAAGCAGUGCAGCCACCAGAGGAGCCCAAGGCCAAGCGGAAACGAAAGCGGAAAGGUCCCGAUCCUGAGUUGCAUCAGAUUGAUCCAAACACGCUUUCCAUGUUCGAUCUGAGCCGUGACGCCCAUCAUGGGAAGGCUUCUGAGCGUGAAAAGGAAAUGGAGAAGAUCGAUUGGGCCGAGGUCGGCCGCAAACGGCGAGAAGAGAUCGAACGUGCUGCUGAGUUGCGACAGAAGCAACAGCGUGAGAAGCAGAAGGAGAAAGACCGAGGCGCCGCGCAAAGCAACACGGAUGCUGUACCAUCAACCGAAGACCGUCCAGCGGGUGCAAACGGUGGCGACGAAGGUGAAGCUCAGCCACCCAACGAGGACAAUGGGAACGUGGAAGAUAUCCCGCCAAGCCAAGGUCCGACCCUCCGCAUCGUGAACGGGCAGAUUGUUGCGGAUGAAGCAAGCCUUACUCUCCCUAAUGCGGCGCCUGCGGAUGCCACGGCCGAUCCCAACCUCCUGAUUGAAGAAGAUAACGAUCUGACCCGUCGAGUCAACCGCUUGACCAAUAUCAACAACCGUCGCCGUGAUCCUGCUGAGCGUGUGCCGGUUCAUCGCAAGGCGAACGACCGCUGGACCGACUUCGAAACCGACCGCUUCCUGGACUUGCUCUGGGCAUUCGGCACGGACUUCGGUACCAUUGCACGAUACUUCGCUCCGAGAAGCAGACAACAGGUGAAGACCAAGUUCAAUCGCGAGGAGCGUCUUGACCCAGUCCGCGUGAACAAUAUGCUGCUCCAUGUCGAAGGCACUAAACCCGUGUGGCUGCCGACUUCUGGCACUAUAAGUCUCGAGCAGUACGCUGCAGACACCAACCAGGAUAUUGCCUUUUACACGAAGUACGAGAGUGCGCAGCAUGCUGAGGACGUGAUCCGGGAGAGCAUGAAGGGGCGGAGGGAGGAUAUUGAGGCUGCUCUGGCGGAGGAGGAGCGUGAGAGGGAGAAUCGGAAGGCGGCGAAGGCGCUGGAGGAGCAGGCGAAGCGCGGUCGGAAUAGGGCGAGAGAGGACAAGCGGAAGGAGAAUGCGGGUAAGAAGGUAGGUGGGAGGGGGGGAAAGGCGGUCGGGGCGGGGACAAUGAGUGGAGAGGCUGCCGUGGCAGAAGCGGCGGCGUGAGGAGAGCGAAGUAACCGCGUUCAGCCUCGCGCGGUAUUUGAUGGAGAUGACAGAGGAGCGGACUCUACCCAACACUCCGGUGGCUGGCUUGUGGGAAUCCCUAUAUCACUCGAUCCUUGUGAGUGGUU